CUAACGCCUAGGUGACUGUGGUUCGUGGACUUGUGCUGGCACUGGGGCGGCCGGGUUGGCGACUUUGGCACUCUUGGCGUUGGGUGGGCGGCAUAUUGGGGGUCACAUGAGCCAGUGGCAUCAUGCCCGCGGGCGCUGGGGUCAGGGUCGCGGAUAUUCUGGACGUUCGUCGGCCAAGAAGAAGGGCGGAAACCACAUCCCGGAAAGGUGGAAAGACUAUCUCCCAGUUGGACAGCGGAUGCCUGGGACUCGUUUCAUUGCUUUCAAAGUUCCUUUAAAAAAGAGUUUUGAAAAGAAUCUUGCUCCAGAAGAACGUUUUUCCCCCUUGGAUCUUUUUAACAAAAUCCAAGAACAGAAUGAAGAACUUGGGCUGAUAAUUGACUUAACAUAUACUCGCCGCUAUUACAAGCCAGAGGACUUACCAGAAACUAUUCCUCAUUUAAAAAUUUGUACAAUUGGACAUCAGGUGCCAGAUGACGACACUAUUUUUAAAUUCCAGUGUGCUGUUAAUGGGUUUUUGAAGGAAAAUAAAGACAAUGACAGACUUAUUGGUGUCCACUGUACCCAUGGUUUAAACAGGACUGGCUACCUCAUCUGCAGUUUUUCUCAAACUCACCAUGGGGCUUGUAAGAAGAUUAACCAACAUGGAUACUACUACAGUUGAAUGUCAAAUCUUUAA